AUGGAAAUCAUGUCAUCUUCGUCUUUUAUGGGAGCACCAGGACCUAAAACCGAGAGUGGUGUUCUCAUUGUACAACAGAGGCGUAACGGCCUUGUUUCCAGUGUUGCUCACUUGAAUAGUAGCUCUGGCACUACUACAAGUGUUCUCGUCCUGCCUGUAGUUUGUAUGGACCCCCUCUCCCUGCUCACUCGCAUAUAUGUAAAUCGUGUUCCUUCGUGCAAUAUUUACAAGGCCUGGGCACAGUGUUCACAUUAUGCUAGAAGGAGAAGAAGGGCUCUUUCUUGUUCACAGUCACAUGAACUCUUGUUGGCAGACCUUUCGCUCAAAUUUUUGACAGGUUUCCUCGCAAGUAGAAAUGGCAGUCGAACCCAUUGCUGCUUAUCCGAAUCGAUCGCCUUAUAUAUGGAUCGCUCAAAUAUUUGGAACUGUUAUGAAGGUUUUGACAUCAAAAGAAGAUAUGUAUGCAUCAGUCACUUCGUUAAUACUGCACAAUAUCUCUUAGCAGAGAUUGUUGUAAGCGGUGGAGGUUUGUCAAAAACGGCCGAAGGUAUCGCUUACGUCAAUGACGGAGACAUUCCUGCGCAGAUUCCAAGCAGCUUGAACACCGCAAUCAGAACAAUUGCAAGAGAAGAUAACAUUACUAUUGCCGCCCCGGAUGUAGGAAAGUAUGUAAAUUUCUACAUGAAAAGAUACUAUAGCAAGGAGGGUAGGUGGAACAACCUGCAAGGAUUCGAAGCAGACGAAGAGCAGACCGAAGUGCAAAGAGCGGUGGAGCCAAGAAGCAGUGCAGUAGUUGAGAAUGUGCAAAUGGAUACCAACACAGCGCCCAUCGCUGGUGAAGGCAACAACACACCGUCCAAACAGACAACUUCCACAUCUCCUCAAAAAGCAUCGAGCGGCUCCUGUUUCACACCACAAAAACUGUCCGGAUACGAGAGUGAAGAUCAGCUUCUCAAAGAAACCGAUUUGGAGCUGCUGGAUAAGUACUUCGUGGUGCAAGGAAGGAAGCUCCUAGAGCUGUUCUUCCUCACUCGAUGCGACUGUGAGAUUAGUGAAACCGGGGUUCGCCUGUCGAAUAACGGUUCCACUCCCAUCAUUCAAUACGUCACCAAGGGCAUAAAGCCACAAAUCAAGAGAUGGGAAGGGCAGGAAAAGAUCAGCCCACGUCGUGUCGACAAGCUCUACACCGGCAACGCGUUGGCGUGUAUCGCGGCUACAACUACGGGAGUCCGCAUGAAUGUAAAAAAGAUACCAUUUCCCGGUCGCCUCAACUCUAAACAAAAAUUUCAGAAGUUGCGGCAGUGGGCUUCAGAAAUGGGGCUAGUCCUACCAUCUAUGUCCACGUACAAAGAACGGUUUGAAGAAGUAACGCCGUGCAUCGAGGCCGUCUACGAAAGGCACCAGAACCGCAUCAUUGAUGAGAUAAGGGCGGUCUACCAGAACGAUCCGUGGGAUAUCGCCGUAGACGGCGCGUAUGAUUCGAGAGGCCACAGUGCAGAGCUUUGCAAGGUACUGGCUGUGGAUCUCAGGACCAAACUCUGCAUACACACGGAAGUCCUAGAACGCUCAGAGACAGAUAACAUCAGUCAAAGAAUGGAAAAGGAGGGCUUCCGCAGAAUGCUGCGGUGGUUCAAGUCAAGGGAAAUACCCAUCCGUUCGGUAGCAACCGACCGCAGCGCAGUGUUUGGGAAGGAGAUCAAGUCGUACAACAAAGAAUAUGGGGAGACCAUCGAGUGGAAGCUGGAUAGGUGGCAUCUGGCCAGAUACCUUGACAAAAAUCUUCACGCGGUUGCGAAGAGAAGGGUCUACAUGGUGAUCAAGGACUGGAUAAGAGCCAUCAAAAAACACUUAUAUUAUGCCGUUGAACAAGGAGCGCUUGCUGGUGAUGGCAACUACGCAAAGUACUUGUUCAAUACUUGCCUAAAUCACGUGGCCGACAAACACGAAUGGGAUGAGGCUGACAUCACCGGGCCCAUUAGGAGAUGUUCCCACGACGCGCUUGAAGUUGAUGAAGAAGAUAGGAAGCCCACAAUACCCUUGGGAAGCCCAGCCCACGAAAAACUGCGCGAGAUUCUACUCAACCGGGUCUUCCAAAAGGAUAUCGCACUGGCUAGUUCUCUGAGUGGAACUAGCCAGUGCGAGACCAAGAACGCUUUGGACAGAUUAUACUGCCCAAAGGAUCUUUUCCUACCGCCGCAAACCUACUACCUCUAUGUGUCGAUGUCGACUAUGCAUCUAAACGCGUUGACAGAGGCAGAGUUGAAAGGGGAAAGGGUAGUUGAAAGGCGCGACAGAAUCCGUCGGAAGUUCAACGAGUAUGACACUGAGCUCCGGCACAAAACCCCUGUGGAACAUUUAUGGAGGAAAGAAAUCUUCAUUUCGUUCGUCACUCGCCGUUCACGCAUGGGGAGAGAUCCUGAAGAGACUGAGCCGGCGGAUGAGACACCAGAGUAG